GACCGCGGAUGAGGAGAUGAUCCUGUACGGCGGGGGAGCAUCGAAGGAAGGUGGGUCCGCUUCCUCUGACGGCGGUGGAGGGUUGGCGGUGGUUUUGAAGAAGGGGCCGUGGACUGCGGCGGAGGACGAGAUUCUGGCGGCGUACGUGAGGGAGCACGGCGAGGGGAACUGGAACGCGGUUCAGAAGAACACGGGCCUUGCCCGUUGCGGUAAGAGCUGUCGGCUCCGGUGGGCGAAUCAUCUCCGGCCGAAUCUGAAGAAAGGCGCCUUCACCGCCGAGGAAGAGCGCUUAAUCAUUCAGCUUCAUGCUCAACUCGGCAACAAAUGGGCUCGCAUGGCCGCUCAGGUGACUAACCCCCUUCUCCUUCUUUUCAUUACAUGAAUCCUCGUAUCUCUCUCUCUCUGUGUAAUCUAUAGAUUCUGGGUUUUUGAUUUUCUUGCUCUGUCAUCUCGUUUCAAGUCUCUCCUCAAUCGCAUAUCGCUUGUCUCUAUGUCCGUACGCGUAGUAUGUCUUUAUUUGCAGUUGCAGUAUCUGGUUUUAAUGGCUUUUGAGUUUAUGUUA